GGUGGCCGAAGGGAACAUCUUCCUCCGGCCGGGCGAGGCGAAGAGGACGGGGCUGACUGCAAGGGAAAAAGUGCUGAAUGUGGAGUAAAUGCAGAUGUUGAGAAGCAUCUUGAACUGGGCAAGAAGUUACUUGCAGCUGGACAGCUAGCUGAUGCUUUAUCUCAGUUUCAUGCUGCAGUAGAUGGUGACCCUGAUAACUAUAUUGCUUACUAUCGGAGAGCUACUGUCUUUUUAGCUAUGGGCAAAUCAAAAGCAGCACUUCCUGACUUAACUAAAGUGAUUGAGUUGAAGAUGGAUUUCACUGCAGCAAGAUUACAAAGAGGUCACUUAUUACUCAAACAAGGAAAACUUGACGAAGCAGAAGAUGAUUUUAAAAAAGUGCUCAAGUCUAAUCCAAGUGAUAAUGAAGAAAAGGAAGCCCAGUCUCAGCUUAUGAAAUCUGAUGAAAUGCAGCGUUUGCGUUCACAAGCGCUUGAUGCUUUUGAAAGUGCAGAUUAUAUGGCUGCUAUAUCCUUCCUUGAUAAGAUUUUAGAGGUUUGUGUUUGGGAUGCAGAACUACGGGAACUUCGAGCUGAAUGUUUUAUACAAGAAGGAGAACCUAGGAAAGCUAUAAGUGACUUAAAAGCUGCAUCAAAAUUGAAGAAUGAUAAUACUGAGGCGUUUUAUAAAAUCAGCACACUGUACUACCAGCUAGGAGACCACGAACUGUCCCUCAGUGAAGUUCGUGAAUGUCUUAAACUUGACCAGGACCAUAAACGGUGUUUUGCACACUAUAAACAAGUAAAGAAACUUAAUAAGCUGAUUGAAUCAGCUGAAGAACUCAUCAGAGAUGGCAGAUACACAGAUGCGACCAGCAAAUAUGAAUCUGUCAUGAAAACAGAGCCAAACGUUGUUGAAUAUACAAUUCGUUCAAAAGAAAGGAUUUGCCACUGCUUUUCUAAGGACGAGAAGCCUGUUGAAGCUAUUAGAAUAUGUUCUGAAGUUUUACAGAUGGAACCUGACAAUGUGAAUGCUCUGAAAGAUCGAGCAGAGGCCUAUUUAAUAGAAGAAAUGUAUGAUGAAGCUUGUUUUUCCUGUUUCGGUGUUGUUACCUUGAAUCGCCAGCAGGUGGUACUAUCUCAGCUGCUCGCCCCAGAGGGGGGGUCCGGACAGGGACGGCAGAGGCUGAAGAUGGCAAGAUGGCUGCCUGCCUCAGGGCAGACGGCAGGUGACUUACGGUGGGCAGGAUGUCUCGGUCGCAGGAGAGGUGGCAGCGAUCCCAGCAGAUCUUCCCUGAAGAGGCUUCAAGGACUGAAGUUGUGGAUCACCUCCGGCCCGGGUGGUGCAAUGUGCUACCGGUGGCGGUGGCAGUGGCUGCUGUGGUUGCGGUGGUGGCUUCUGCGCUGCAGUGGCUAUCCAGACCGCUGUGAUGCCCCAGUGGUGGCGACAGCCAUGCUCCGUAUGAAGAGCAGGCUGCGAUGUUGGGGUCUGUAG